AUGACGUCGACACGCAAUCCCGUUCAGGACCUCAUCCUCACGCCGCAACAGCAGAACCUGUUGUAUGCCGCCCUCAAUUCCAACCGCAAAGGAAACACUCCGGUGAAUUCGGCCAUGACCGUGUCUCCUCUCCAGUUCAAUGGGUCUCCGCUUCAGGAAAACUUCGGUAGCUUCCAAGGCAGCCCCGACUUCGAUUACGACUACGAUUUCGCCGGGGCCGAUUCAACUCUCGACUUCUCCUUCAAUGACGGCAAUCAGCCCAAGAUGAUUCCCGACCUGCCCGGUACUUCAGAUGGAGGCAAGUCCGAAUCUCCCGACGACACAGAGUCUCCCGACAAGCGCAGCCAUCCAGACGAUGAAGAGGAUGAAGCCCGUGGAGCCAAGAGGCGAGAGAGUGAGGAUAGGGUUGCCAAGAAGCCGGGAAGAAAGCCAUUGACGACAGAACCAAGCUCAAAGCGCAAGGCCCAGAACCGCGCUGCCCAACGGGCUUUCAGAGAGCGCAAGGAAAAGCAUCUGAAAGAGUUGGAAACCAAGGUCGAGGAGUUGGAGAAGGCCUCUGAAACCCACAACAAGGAGAAGCAGGCUCUCCGCGCGCAGGUCGACAAGAUGACGGUUGAGUUGAACGAAUAUAAAAAGCGUCUGUCAGCUCUCUCAAACGGUCGCCCAAGUUACCAAGGACCCACGAAGCUAUUCGGCGCUCCUUUCCUUCAAAACAUGAACGAUGUCAACUUUCAAUUCGAGUUUCCCAAGUUCGGCACCCUGCCUGGGCCCAAUGUUACCAAUGACACCAAGAAGUCCUCCACAUCGACCGCAGCAUCAAUACCGCCGAAGCGGAACAAUUCAGAUACACGGAGCCCGUUGGACAAGUCGAAUAGCGGCUUCAGCCCUGAUCACUCGAGCACAUACAGCCCCCUCGGCCUGAACUCGCACAAUCUGGACUCGCAGUUCAACUUGAACGGCCCGACAACGACAAGCUCGCCGUCAGCCUCAUCAAAUUCCAACAUGGGUGGGCCGAACUCGUCGUGCGGGACAUCACCCGAACCGUUUACGCAGUCGCCCAUGGGCUUCAAACCCGUGGACACGCUGGCCACCAUCGGGGAGGAGCAGUCUGGUUUCAACGUGAACGGCUCAUCACAGGACUUUGGUCAUUUCGGUGAUGCAAAUGACUUCAACUGGCUGCCCCAGACAGACUUUCAGUUUGAGCCUCAGUUGUUUGGGGACUAUCGCGAGCCACAGGAGAACAUCCUGUCUAAUGGCUUCGAUGACAGUUUCUUCAACGACGCCCUUGAUGCCGACUUCAUCACCCCAUACAACCUGCCACUAACCACCGAAGUACCAGCGCCAAAGCCCGACCUCCUCGCCCAAAUCGAUGCCGCCAAAGAAGCCGAUCAAGUUACGCCCAAUGGACAGCUACUGACCUGCACCAGUAUAUGGGAGAAACUGCAAACGUGUCCCAAGGUGCAAAACGGCGACUUUGAUCUGGAUGGCUUGUGCUCGGACCUUCAGAAGAAGGCCAAGUGCUCCGGCGGCGGCGCUGUCGUGGCUAAGGAGGAUUUUGAGCAGGUCAUGAACAAGUAUCUACCUUGCAAAGACAGGGCCGGGCAGGCUGAUCUCGAGGCGGCUGUGAAGGAGGCGACGGGCAGCACCAAGAUUUGA